GGACCUGGAACAGCGGAACCAGCGCUGGGCUUCUUGAUCCACCGAAUAGCUAAUAUUUCAGCCAACGGGCUUCUUUCUCUUUUCAGAGACCCGGUACAUGCGAAUGACGAGAGCGUAGUGAUUCCGUUUUUUAUCAGUGUUGUUUCUUUUCCUAACGAUGACGGACUGCUGCCGUUUUUGAUCCUAAUAUUUUAAUCGCUUAAAAAAGUGAGCGGACAAACAUAAAGUUUUGAGCGAGUUUAGUGAGAUUUGCGUAAAGAAGAGGAGAGGGAAGAGGAUAGAGUCCCCCCACAUGAGGGCGAGAUCUGACUGAACUUCAUUUAGCCAUUCACACAAUAUGAAGAAAUGUCUGAGGAGACAGAGUUGGAUGUGAGAGGCGGUGUGGUGUGGAGAGAACGAGAUCGAGAGAGGGCACGCGAGUCCACGGCCAGAGCCAGCAGCAGGAGCAGCAGCAGCAGCGGUGCAGGGGGAGGAGGAGGAGAAGAAGGAGAAAGCUCCAUGCAGUUCAGCACCAGACCGGCCAGCGCUGAGCCGGGCUUCAUGGGGACAUGGACACAGCAGAGCACUGACAGCAACCUCCUCUUCAGAAUGUCCCAGCAGGCCAUCCGCUGUACUCUGGUAAACUGCACAUGUGAGUGUUUCCAGCCUGGCAAAAUCCACCUGCGGACAUGUGACCAGUGCAAGCAUGGAUGGGUAGCGCAUGCACUAGACAAGCUGAGCACACAGCAUUUGUACCACCCGACGCAGGUGGAGAUCGUGCAGUCCAAUGUGGUGUUUGACAUUAGCAGUCUGAUGCUGUAUGGGACUCAGGCAGUACCUGUGAGAUUGAAGAUCCUACUGGACCGUCUGUUCAGUGUCCUUAAACAGGAAGAGGUUCUACACAUUCUUCAUGGCUUGGGCUGGACUCUGAGAGACUACGUUAGAGGCUACAUAUUACAGG